ACAAUUUUCUUCACAAUUCCCACCUCUGUUCUUGAAUCUCUCCGAUUUUUCUUCGUUCUUCCAAGUUCCACAUUCUACUACAAUGGAGAUGGACAAGAACCAGCCUGAGAAUCAACACCUUCUUCAAGAGACCACUAGCUUCACUACAAAUGAUGACGCCCCCCGAUUGGACGGCGCUGAUGAUGCCAAUGUUACUGUUCCUGAUCCUGAUGCUGCUGUAGAAACCGACGCCGAUGUAAAAUCUGCAGAGAAAUUGGAGAAUCAGGAGAACGAGGAGGAGGAGACGCAAAAGGAGGAGGAGACGCAAAAGGAGGAGGAGGAGGAGGAGGAGGAGGAGGAGGAGGAAAACAAGGAGGAUGAACCGGAUCUUCAUUAUAAUCUCCACACGAUUCUUGCGGAUGUCGAUCAGUUUCUGUUAACUCCUCACGGUUCUCGUGAUCGAGAGGAAGAUUCCGCUGUUGAGAUUCCGCACUUCAUUGACAAAUUCUUGGAUCUUGUGGAUGCGAAGAUUGAGCAAUACAAUAACGCGGAAUCGAAUGCGAAGGAGAAACAGUGUCGAGUGCCGGAGGACGAGUCGUCGUUUCUCGAAGCGGUUGAUCGGAUAUCGAAGAUGAAAACUGCGAUUCACGAAAUGAAAUUGGAAGAGGAGAAGAAUUCGUUGAUCAAUCGCAUAGGGAGUACUCAACAGCGAGCGAUUUCUUAUUUAGAAGAAGAGUUCAGGUUCUUUCUCGAGGAAUCCAAAAAUAGAGAUGUGGAUGUUGACGAUACGAAAGGAGAAGGUUGUGUAGUACCAGAAGCUGAACCCGAUCAUCAACAGAUUCCAGUUUACUCCAACGAGAUCUUGAGCUAUUUGAAAAAAAUCGCCAAUCAAAUGAUUUCCGGUGGAUACGCAUCGGAAUGCUACCAUGUCUACAUCGUUGCGAGAAGAAACAAAUUCGAAGAGGCCUUGUUGAACCUAGGGUUCGAGAAACACAGCAUCGAUGAUAUCCAGAAGAUGAGUUGGGAAUCAAUGGAGUGUGAGAUCGGCACAUGGAUCAGAACCUUCGAGCAAUGCGCCAUCGUUUUGUUCUCCGGCGAACGGAAUCUCGCCGAAUCUAUAUUUUCAGCGCAUCCUACGAUUUCCGCCAAUCUGUUCAACAACCUAACUCACAGCAUUGUGCUUCAACUGCUAAAUUUCUCAGAAGGUGUUGCAAUGACGAAACGCUCCGCCGAGAAGUUGUUCAAGCUUCUUGAUAUGUACGAAGCUCUUCGCGAUAUGCUCCCAAAAAUGGAAAGCUUAUUUCCAGAAAAAUACGCCGAGGAGCUCAGAACAGAGAUCGCAACCACUCGAACUCGUCUAGGCGAAGCGGCGAUAUGCAUAUUUUGCGAUCUCGAAAACUCGAUCAGAGCGGACACCGGAAAAAUCCCGGUACCAGGCGGCGCCGUUCAUCCAUUGGCUCGAUACACCAUUAACUACUUGAAAUACGCUUGCGAGUACAGAACCACACUGGAACAGAUAUUCAAAGAACACGCAAAGAUCGAGCGAGCCGAUUCAACAAGUCGACCACGUUACGAAGGCGAACAAGCACCGACUUACAACCCUAACUCUGACAAUCAAUCACCAUUCUCCGUGGAACUGAUGCGGGUAAUGGAGCUCCUGGACUCAAAUCUGGAAGCAAAAUCAAAGCUAUACAGAGACAUAGCACUGAGUUCGAUUUUCAUGAUGAACAACGGUCGAUACAUCUUGCAGAAGAUCAAAGGAUCUCCAGAUAUCCACGAACUGGUAGGCGAUACGUGGUACAGGAAGAGAUCUUCGGAUCUUCGUCAAUACCACAAGAACUACCAGAGAGAGACGUGGGGGAAAUUACUGGGUUAUUUGAACCACGAGGGAUUGACCUGGCACGGGAAAGUGAAUAAGCCAGUGCUGAAGGAGAGGUUUAAAGGAUUCAACGCCCUGUUCGAAGAGAUUCACAAAACACAGAGCUCGUGGAUCAUAAGCGACGAACAGCUUCAAUCGGAGCUCCGAGUAUCAAUAUCGGCGGUGAUGAUUCCGGCGUACAGAUCAUUCCUGGCUAGGUUUUCGCAGUACUUGGAUCCGGGGAGACAAACAGAGAAAUACAUUAAGCUUCAGCCUGAAGACAUAGAAACCUACAUAGAUGAACUAUUCGACGGGAAUCCAACCUCCAUGGCAAGAAGGAGAACAUAAAGCUCGAAGCCCCAGAAACGAAUUUGAAAAAGCUUCAAUCUGCAGAUUGCAACUGAUAAAUUGCAAUAGCAGUUGCAAAUUCUUCUUCCUUGGCUUCAACUUGCUGAAUCGCUGCUGGGCUGCUCCCUUUUUUUUUUUUUUAUAAUUUUGUUUAUGUUGCAUUUUUCCCCUCUCGUUUUUUCAAAUGAUUGUUUGUAAUUGCCAAAUCAAUGUAAUUCUUUUGUUGUUGGCCUUCCC